AACAGAAAUCCUACCGGUCAUUUCAUUAUUAUCACUUAUAAACCCCAUGAAAGCACAUUAAUCAUCACAACAGGCUGCAGUUUGUUCCACUUUAUUGUUGUUUUAUUCGGUUAAAUCUCCGUGGAGUUCCUGUUCAUCGCGCGCGCUUAUUUUGUUAUGUUUUUUAAGGACCGAAAUGAAGUUCGCGCGCUUUGUUAACGCUAUUUUCCCGCUGUUUUUGGUCGCCAUGGUGACAGCUGCAGGAGAGUUUGUGUCUCUGGCUGAGAGGGAAGACACCCUUCUGAGGGACAUUUUUCAGGGCUAUCAGAAAUGGGUGCGGCCUACACAGCACUCCAACAACACUGUCAAAGUGCGCUUUGGUCUGAAGAUCUCACAGCUUGUAGAUGUAGAUGAAAAGAACCAGCUUAUGACCACUAAUGUGUGGCUGUGGCAGGAGUGGGUCGAUUAUAAACUGCGCUGGAACCCAGAGGAUUAUGGCGGUAUUACUUUCAUCCGGGUUCCUACAGAGAGCAUUUGGCUGCCUGACAUUGUACUAUAUGAGAAUGCCGAUGGACAUUUUGAGGGCUCACUAAUGACCAAAGCUAUUAUAAAAUAUAACGGUGCUGUCACCUGGACCCCUCCAGCCAGCUACAAAUCAGCCUGCACUAUGGACGUGACAUUUUUUCCAUUCGACCGCCAAAACUGCUCGAUGAAAUUUGGCUCAUGGACUUAUGAUGGCACCAUGGUGGAUCUAGUUCUUGUAAACCACCAGGUGGACCGCAGCGACUUCUUCGACAAUGGCGAGUGGGAAAUUCUGAGCGCCACAGGCGCCAAGGGCAGUCGGCAUGACGGCACACUCUCCUACCCUUUCAUCACCUACUCCUUCAUCCUGAAGCGUCUGCCUCUCUUCUACACACUCUUCCUCAUAAUCCCCUGCUUGGGUCUGUCCUUCCUCACCGUUCUGGUGUUUUAUCUUCCAUCAGACGAAGGCGAGAAGGUGACGCUGUCCACGUCUGUGCUCGUCUCACUCACCGUCUUCCUCCUGGUCAUCGAGGAGAUCAUCCCAUCUUCAUCCAAGGUCAUCCCAUUGAUUGGCGAGUACCUGCUGUUCAUCAUGAUCUUUGUCACGCUGUCCAUCGUAGUGACUGUGUUUGUCAUCAAUGUGCACCACCGGUCCUCUGCCACCUACCACCCGAUGGCGCCGUGGGUGCGUGACCUCUUCUUACAGCGCCUGCCUCAGCUUCUGUGCAUGCGCACUCACACAGAGCGAUACCUUUACCCCGAGCUGGAGCCACACAGCCCUGACUUCAAACCACGCAUCAGAAAAGCCCGACCAGGCCCUGAGGGCGAAGGUCAGGCUCUGGUCAACAUGCUUGAGAAGGCCACUUUCUCUGUCCGCUACAUCUCACGACACAUCCGCAAGGAAAAUUUCAUUAGAGAGGUGGUGCAUGACUGGAAGUUUGUGGCUCAAGUUUUGGACAGAAUCUUCCUCUGGGUCUUCCUCAUUGUGUCUAUAUUAGGCACUAUCCUCAUCUUCACUCCUGCUCUAAAGAUGUAUUUACUCUCUUCAUCUCCUCCUUUAGCUCCAUAGAGCAUAAAUACACUCAUUCCCUCACCACUGGCUGAACAGUUAUGACAUUAUUCAGCGUAUAAAGCAACAUUAUACUAUUAACAACAUUAUACAGCAUUCAUAGAUCAGGAGCACACACACACACACACACCUACUGUAUAUCUGUAAUAACUAAAGUAGUAGACCACAGAACAUUUGAACAGUAUUCACAUUAUAUAUGUUUACAUUCCACAGAACCACAAAAGUCUUUUCUGUUGGUUUUCCUGCAUCGACGUCUAUAUUGUAGCAUUAAUUUUUAUACUCAUUGUCUUCAGUACACAUCGCACAA